AUGAACUAUGGAAGACUCUGUACUAUGAUAGUAUGUGGUGUAAAUUUUUCUUUGGGAUGGAUUCUCAUUGCGAGUAGUUAUAAUGUGAUACAACUUUUCAUCGGUAGAAUGCUAACAGGAAUUGCAAUGGGUAUAUGCGCAGCUUAUGUUGGAAUAUAUUUAGCAGAAAUCUCUAUUACUUCAUGGAAAACAGUCAUUACAAUUAUUCCGAACAUAGCUCUUAUCACCGGAAUUCUGAUCGUUUAUCUUCUAGGAUUUGUUCUACAGGAUCAACAUAACAAUAGAUCCAUUUUUGAUCACUGUAAUAGUAGGAAUAAUUCAACUAGUAUUGUAAUCACUGCAUGUUGUAGCAAAAGGCUCCUAUUUAUAAUACAGAAGAAGGUAGAAGAAGGACUUUUGCUGAGCUUGCAAUUACUACUCUUGUACUGUAUCGUCGUACAAAGCUACGCCACACAUGAAGAUGGAUUCACAUCGACUGAGUUAAAAACAAAAUCAGAGGUAUCCAAAGGAACUACGACGAGCGCUAAUACUCGUAUCAUUGAUCAAAAUUCCAAUAAAUCCUCCCAGUCUGAUCAAGGAAAAGAUUUUUUUUUCUCCAUAGGACCUAAAGCUAAUCCGAUAGGUCAUAUUAAAAUAUCAAACAAUACAUUUUCUGAAUUGAAAGAGUGGCUUUCAAAACUGCUUCCCAUCAAUUGGGAAAAUACAAAGCAAGACUCACUUAAGGAGAUCACUCCAGAUAAUAAUGAUAGCUCCAAAGAAACAUCUGAUAAGAUCUUGUCUGAUAAGACUGAGUCUCCAUUGCACCCAAAAGACGACAGUCCGAUAGAGGAGGUGGCAAGCACAAUAUUCCCGGAAAUUGAAAAUCCGGUCAAACAAAGAAUUCAUACAGAAUCCCAUUUUGUUUGGUAUUUAUUUGGCCGUCCAAUAAUAACACAUUAUUCAAAACAUUUCACUGAGCAAAAGGACAAGAAGAACUUCUCCCAACUUCCACUGGAAAAUUAGUUUUGAUUGCCGGCAGAAAAUAACGACAACGAAUCGAAAGAUGAGAAAAAGAUUUUUCGCCAUGGAGAGACAGAAUAUCGCGCCAAAGUGAGAAUAUCAUUUUGCAAGAAUUUCAAUCUCUUACAUAGAUCAAAAGAUAAACGCAGGCGAAGUUUGCGAUAUCGAUGGAACAAACAAAAACUAUGGAAUUACAUCAUCUCAGUAAUCGACAAUGGAUAUAAAUGGAUUAAAAUUUUUAUGCGUCUUUUAAG